AUGGCCCCUCGAGCUCGUUUCCUUCCUUCAUGCCUUGACGGGAUCGAGGAUGUCGAAGAUUACCAACCCGGUGGAUACCACCCAAUAUCCAUUGGCGACGCCUUCGACAAUGGACGUUUCAGGGUCCUUCAUAAACUCGGAUCUGGAGGCUCCUCUGUUGUUUGGCUGGCUCGCGACCAGCGGGGAGACGGAGGUAAACUCGUCACACUCAAAGCAAUGCGCGCCGACAUCUCCUCAUCCUUCAAAGACCCAAGCGAAAUCCCCGAACUGGAUAUAUCCCAAAAAUUGAGAGCGUCUCUACCUCCUUCCGAGAGUGUCGCCUUCCAGACUGUUGACCACCAUUUCUUCGUACAAAGUCCGAAUGGCUCCCAUCUAUUUCUUAUAUUCCCUCUUGCUGGCCCCAGCGUCCUUGCUGUCUCAGAAUCACCCGGAAGGAUUACUGGUAGUCGACGAUCAAGUGCAGAUUUGGCUAGGAAGGUCGCGAAACAGACGGCGAUGAUGUUAUACCACAUGCACUGCGCCGGCGUCGUUCAUGGAGACCUGACCACAUCGAACAUCUUGUUUCGCCUAUCACCCCACGUCACCAACUGGUCAGACGCCGAGGUAUACGCCCAUCUGGGACAUCCAGAGACAGAGGACGUCGAAACCUGUGAUGGACAACCGUCAGGCCCACACGCACCACCCGUGCUCGUCGCACCCAUCGACAACUCCAAGAUAUCCCACGCAAACCUUCUUCAAGAAAACAUCAUCGUCAGUGAUUUCGGGCAAUCUUACCUCACCACCUCCCCACCACCGUCCUACGAGCCACGUACAAUACUGAAUUACCAGUCGCCCGAAGCACGGUUUGAAGAUCUCGCAGGGCUAGAGGCAGACAUCUGGUCUCUCGGAUGUGCGAUCUUCGAAAUCCGCGCGGGGUUUGCUCUAUUCGAACCGUUUUUUGCAAGUGACGUUGAUAUUCUCAGACAAACAGUUGAGACGCUGGGACGGCUCCCUGACCCUUGGUGGGCUGAUUUCGAACAGCGCUCGCUAUGGUUUGAUGAGGACGGACAGCCGAAGAGCGAGGAGGAUCAGGAACCUUAUGUGAAAGCUUGCAGGAGCUCUAUUAGGGACAAGUUGUGUGAGAUUGGCGAGGGGGAUGAUGAGCUGCCGCCUUUUGGAGAUGAGGGUCUGAUGAUUGAGAAGAUUGGGGUGAGGCUGUGUGAGGAGGAAGUUGGAUUGUUGGAGGAUCUUUUGGAGAAGAUGUUGAGGUAUCGCCCGAAGGAGAGGAUUGGUAUACGUGAUGUCGUCCGGCAUCCGUGGUUUGGUCCUUGA